AAGCCCAGCCUCUCCACAAUGGGACGGCAUCCGAUGUGUCUCCUGGUCUGGAGCGGGAUUCUGCACGGUCUCCAAGUGCUGGACCUGUGUGCUUGGGCCGCUGGCGACGUCUCCGUCUCUGUCCUGCUGGGUUUGAACGCGAAGCUACCCUGUGACAUUGCCAAUGCCCAGGAUGUCUCCAGACUGUCCAUCGUCUGGAGUUUAACGGCGACAGCUGGCGAUGGACGCCCCACACAGGUGAUACUGUACCAGGGCGGGACGGUCACCGCCAGUCCCUGGGGCACGGGGGCGCGGACAAAGUUCGUGGGCGACCCCAGGCGCAGCGGCAGCGUGGUGAUCGAGGGCGCGCAGCGGGACGAUGCCGGGCUGUACCAGUGUAUCACCGUCAACCCGGCCCGCCUGCACCAACCCCGCAUCCACACCGUCCGGCUCAACGUGCUGGAGGCCCCCUCUCCGCCUCAGUGCGCGAUGAGGGGCGAGGAACAACUCGGGGCCACAAUGCUCCUCACCUGUAACUCGUCCAGUGGCAAUCCCGAGCCGACGUACAGCUGGUGGAAAGUGGAGUCCAGCGGGAACCAGAUCCUCAACUCCUCUCACACUUCUCCGGGGACUCUGCUCAUUCAGACCCUCUCGGUGGACAGUCCUGGUGUGUAUCUCUGCAUCGCCUCCAACGUCUUGGCCUCAGAAUCAUGCUCCAUGGCACUGACACUGGAGAUAUUCCAGGAGAGUGCGGGCGGCAUAGCGGCGGGCAUUGGCAUCACGCUGGCCAUGGCUGUGAUUAUCCUCACCCUGUUUGGGCUUGUCCUCUGGCUGCACUCCAAGAGGGCCGGACAGCGGCCUGGGCGCCGGGCAGCAGCAGCGCAGGCCACGAGUCUCCACCAACCCUGGCAGCCGGACCGGGAACGCUUUCCCCACAGCUCAGGCCGGACUCUCUGAGCUCUCCCUUUACUGGCUUUUCCCAGGAUGUCCGGGGCACCGGGAGAUCCGCGUGGACAAGUCCCGCGGCCGACUGGAAAGUGGGAAUGAGCCGGAAUAAAACAGGCAG